GUGUGUGGGGUUAUUAUGGGAUGUCUGCCCCCUGAUCUCUUUGUGUGUGUGCGUGCGCGGGUGUUUAGUGCGAGAGACGGAGACGUCGUGUGCAACAUAAGAAAAAAUACUGCAUUUUAAUUAUUGGAACUAGCUAGUUAUUGUAACCUAAAAAGAAAAACAUACCGUUUCGUUGUUUCUGGUUUCAAACAGUGGAAUCAUUCAACUUACUCGGACAGGACUCGGGAGGCAAAACGGAUUUAAAAACUUUUUAUUUAGCUAGUUAGCUAACUACAUUUAAAGUUAGCUAACAGUAUGUCUGGAAGCGAAGAAGAUAGGGAUGAUUUUGGAGCCCCAGAGGAUCGGUCUCUAAUGCAUGAUGAGGAAGAGAUGUCAGAGAAUGAGGCCCCGAAGGUGAAGAAAAAGAAGAAGGCCAAAAAGAGCCGGGAGAACAAAAGCAGCAAGAGGCGAACCUCUCGCAGAGAGGAUGUGCCAAUGAGCUCCCCCGAGCCCAUGGAGACCCCCGAGGUAGACCGAGACGAAGAGCGAGCGGUUCCCCACUCGGACAGCGAGGGCAGCGACUACAACCCGGGGAAGAAGAAGAAGAAAAACAGGGGGGGCACUUCCAAGGAGAAGAAGAGGAGCAGCACCAGCGCUGACAGAAACGGCGGAGGAAAGGACAAGAGGAAGGACCCUGAACCUGAGGAAGAGGAGGAUGAGGACGAUGAUGACGAUAGCUCGGAGCCUAAGACAUCGUCCCAGCUCCUGGAUGACUGGGGAAUGGAGGACAUUGACCACGUCUUCAGCGAAGAGGACUAUCGCUCCCUCACCAACUACAAGGCCUUCAGCCAAUAUGUCCGACCCCUCAUUGCGGCCAAGAACCCCAAGAUCGCAGUGUCCAAGAUGAUGAUGGUACUGGGCGCCAAGUGGCGUGAGUUCAGCACCAACAACCCCCUGAGAGGCUCCGCCGCGGCCAACGCCGCCCUGGCUGCCGCCAACGUGUCUGCUGCCGUGGACAGCAUGGUGGCGGAGGUCGCACCCCCUCCCGCCCCGGUCGCCGAGCCUCAGCUACCGCCUGCCCCGCCUCUGAAAAAGGCCAAGACCAAAGAGGGCAAAGGUCCAAAUGCUCGUAAGAAGUCCAAGCCGACCCCUAAGCCCGUAGAGAAGAAGAAGGUGGCUACAAAGAAGGUGGCCCCGCUCAAGAUCAAGCUAGGAGGCUUCAACAGCAAGAGGAAACGCUCCUCAAGUGAGGAAGAUGAGCCCGACGUGGAGAGUGACUUUGACGACGCCAGCAUGAACAGCGUGUCCGUGUCGGAUGGCUCCAACAGCCGCAGCAGCCGCUCCAAGAAGCCCAAGAGCAAGCCCAAGAAGAAGAAGGGUCAGUACUCUGCAGUCGAGGAGGAUGGUGACGGCUAUGAGACGGACCACCAGGACUACUGUGAGGUGUGCCAGCAGGGAGGGGAGAUCAUUCUGUGCGACACCUGUCCCAGGGCCUACCACAUGGUGUGCCUGGACCCCGACAUGGAGAACGCCCCAGAGGGCACCUGGAGCUGCCCACACUGUGAGAAGGAGGGCAAGCAGUGGGAGGCGCGGGAGGAUGGCUCAGAAGAAGAAGAGGAGGAGGUGGAGCCCGAGCCGGAGGAGGACGACCACCACAUGGAGUUCUGCAGGGUGUGUAAGGACGGUGGCGAGCUGCUCUGCUGCGACUCCUGUCCCUCCUCCUACCACAUCCACUGUCUCAAUCCGCCCCUGCCUGAGAUCCCCAACGGAGAGUGGAUCUGCCCCCGCUGCACUUGUCCACCAAUGAAAGGCAAGGUGCAGAAGAUUCUGACGUGGCGCUGGGGCGACCCCCCUCCACCCACGACCAUCCCCCGCCCCCCAGACCUCCCGGCUGACCAGCCCGACCCCGCCCCUCUGGCCGGGCGCCCCGAGAGGGAGUUUUUCGCCAAGUGGAGCAACAUGUCCUACUGGCACUGCUCCUGGGUGUCUGAGCUGCAGUUGGAGCUGCACUGUCAGGUGAUGUUCAGGAACUACCAGAGGAAGAACGACAUGGACGAGCCUCCUUCAAUCGACUUUGGCGAGGGCGAUGAGGAAAAGAGCACAAAGAGGAAGGCCAAGGACCCGCUCUACGCCAAGAUGGAGGAGAAGUACUACCGCUUCGGCAUCAAGAUUGCUUGGAUGAUGAUUCACCGCAUCCUUAACCACAGUCAGGACAAGAAGAACAACAUCCACUACCUCAUCAAGUGGAAAGACCUCCCCUACGACCAGGCCACCUGGGAGGCCGAGGACAUGGACAUCCCCGAGUUCGACAUCUUCAGACAGCAGUACUGGAACCACAGGGAGCUAAUGAUGGGCGAUGAGGGUAAACCAGGGAAGAAGAUGAAGGUGAAAGGCAAGACGAAACGGUUGGACCGGCCUCCUGAGAACCCUGUUGUUGACCCCACCAUCAAGUUUGAGCGGCAGCCUGAUUACCUAGACAGUACGGGGGGCAACUUGCACCCCUACCAGCUGGAGGGUCUCAACUGGCUGCGUUUCUCCUGGGCACAGGGCACAGACACUAUCCUGGCUGACGAGAUGGGUCUGGGCAAGACUGUGCAGACUGCCGUGUUCCUCUACUCACUCUACAAAGAGGGUCACUCCAAGGGCCCGUUCCUGGUGAGCGCCCCCCUAUCCACCAUCAUUAACUGGGAGCGAGAGUUUGAGAUGUGGGCCCCAGACAUGUACGUGGUGACCUACGUAGGAGACAAGGACAGCAGAGCCGUCAUUAGAGAGAAUGAGUUCUCCUUCGAGAACAACGCCAUCCGCGGAGGCAAGAGAGCUUCUAAGAUGAAGAAAGACUCAUCGGUGAAGUUCCAUGUGCUGCUGACGUCGUAUGAGUUGAUCACCAUCGACAUGGCCAUCCUAGGUUCCAUAGAUUGGGCCUGUCUGGUGGUCGAUGAGGCCCACAGGCUCAAAAACAACCAGUCCAAGUUCUUUAGGGUGCUGAACAACUAUCCUCUCCAGCACAAGCUGCUACUGACCGGUACACCUCUACAGAACAACCUGGAAGAGUUGUUCCACCUCCUGAACUUCCUCACGCCAGAGAGAUUCAGUAACCUGGAGGGCUUCCUGGAAGAGUUUGCUGACAUCGCCAAAGAGGACCAGAUCAAGAAGCUGCACGACAUGCUGGGACCCCACAUGCUCAGGAGGCUGAAGGCGGACGUCUUCAAACACAUGCCCUCCAAGACGGAGCUCAUCGUCAGGGUGGAGCUCAGCCCCAUGCAGAAGAAGUACUACAAAUUCAUCCUCACCCGUAACUUUGAGGCUCUGAACACACGAAGUGGUGGGAACCAAGUAUCCCUUCUCAAUGUGGUGAUGGACCUCAAGAAGUGCUGCAAUCACCCCUACCUCUUCCCUGUGGCAGCCAUGGAAGCCCCAAAGAUGCCCAAUGGGAUGUACGACGGCAGCGCCCUCACUAAGUCUGCCGGGAAACUGACUCUAUUGCAGAAGAUGAUGAGGAAGCUGAAAGACGGAGGGCACAGAGUACUCAUCUUCUCUCAAAUGACCAAGAUGCUUGACCUGCUGGAGGACUUCCUGGAGAACGAGGGCUACAAGUACGAGCGUAUCGACGGCAGCAUCACCGGGGGCAUGAGACAGGAGGCCAUCGACAGAUUCAACGCCCCGGGAGCGGUCCAGUUUGCCUUCCUGCUGUCGACGAGAGCUGGAGGUCUGGGUAUCAACCUGGCCACCGCCGACACCGUCAUCAUCUACGACUCCGACUGGAACCCCCACAACGACAUCCAGGCGUUCAGCAGAGCUCACCGUAUCGGACAGAACAAGAAGGUGAUGAUCUACCGCUUCGUCACGAAGGCCUCUGUGGAGGAGAGGAUCACUCAGGUUGCCAAGAAGAAGAUGAUGUUGACCCACCUGGUGGUGCGUCCUGGUCUGGGCUCCAAGACGGGCUCCAUGUCCAAACAGGAGCUGGACGACAUCCUCAAGUUCGGCACGGAGGAGCUGUUCAAGGACGAGCUUGGGAAGGGGGACAAAGAAGCAGGUUACUGGAAGCGUGUUGCAGGUGAGAACAAGGAGGAGGACAGCCAGGUGAUCCACUACGAUGACAUGGCGGUGGACAGACUGCUGGACAGGAACCAGGAGUCCGAAACCCCGGAGGAAACGGAGAUCGGGAGCAUGAAUGAGUACCUCGGCUCCUUCAAGGUGGCCCAGUACGUGGUCAAGGACGAGGAGGAGGCGGAGGAGGAAGUACAGAGGGAGAUCAUCAAGCAGGAGGAGAGUGUCGACCCAGACUACUGGGAGAAGCUGCUCAGGCACCACUAUGAGCAGCAGCAGGAGGACCUGGCCCGCAACCUGGGCAAGGGCAAGCGCAUCCGCAAGCAGGUCAACUACAACGACGGCUCCCAGGAGGACCGAGGUAGUAGACGGGCAGAUUGGCAGGAUGACCAAUCGGACAACAACUCUGACUACUCUGUGGCCUCCGAGGAGGGUGACGAGGACUUUGAUGAGCGAGCAGAAGGCGGUGCAGCCAACUCUCGCAGACCCAACAGGAAAGGCAUGCGGGGCGACAGGGACAAGCCACUGCCCCCCUUGCUGGCCAGAGUGGGAGGCAACAUUGAGGUGUUGGGCUUCAACGUUCGCCAGAGGAAGGCCUUCCUGAAUGCAGUGAUGCGUUAUGGGAUGCCUCCCCAGGAUGCAUUCACCACCCAGUGGCUGGUCAGAGACCUGCGCGGGAAAGCUGAGAAAGAGUUCAAGGCGUAUGUCUCGCUCUUCAUGAGGCACCUGUGCGAACCCGGCGCAGACGGAGCCGAGACCUUCGCCGACGGCGUCCCACGCGAAGGGUUGUCGCGGCAACACGUCCUCACCCGCAUCGGCGUGAUGUCACUGAUCCGUAAGAAGGUCCAGGAGUUUGAGCACGUCAACGGCCAGUGGUCCAUGCCCUGGAUGAUGGAGCUGGAGGAGAGUAAAACGGCUGCGGCCGCUGCAGCUGGAGCCCACCCCGACUCCCCAGGGAAGACCCCCUCCACGGGCACGCCUGCAGACACACAGCCCAACACACCCGCCACAGCCCCCAAAACUCCCUCCACAGGCACACCCGCAGACACGCAACCCAACACGCCCGCCCCAGCAGACGAUCCUUCAAGGACUGAGGACGCCGUGAAGGAUGGCGAGAAAGAAGAGAAGAAAGACCGUGAGGGGGAGAAGGAGUCCGGAAAGACGGAAGACCCAGAGAUAAUUGCGAUCCCUGAUGAGGAUGAGAAGGCCCCUUCCCCUGAACAGAAAGCAAAGGAGAAAGGGGAAGAGGAGCCCAUGGAAACAGACGAGCCUACCAACGGAGAGGCGGAAAAGAAGGAUGGAGAGACUGCGGAGAAGAGUGCUGAGGGAGGAGAGGGGACCAAGUCUCCAGCAGCGGACGAAAAGACGGACGUGUCGGAGGUCAAAUCUGAAGAUUCUGAGGCCAAAGCAGAAGAUAAGAAAGAAGAGAAGAGCGAAGAGAUGGACACCACUCCUGCCUCGGAGGAAAAGAAAGAGCAAAAGGAGGAGAAGGAUGGAGUGAAGGUGGAGGAGCCGGCCAAGCUGCAGAACGGGGACAGUGUGAAGGAGGGAGCGGCGGCCGGAGUCAGUGAGGAGAAGAAGAAAGCGAAGACGAGAUUCAUGUUUAACAUCGCCGACGGAGGAUUCACAGAGCUACACUCCUUGUGGCAGAACGAGGAGAGGGCCGCCACCGUCACCAAGAAGACCAAUGAGAUCUGGCAUCGUCGCCACGACUACUGGCUGCUUGCUGGCAUAAUACAACACGGCUACGCGCGCUGGCAGGACAUCCAGAACGAUGUGAAGUACGCCAUUCUCAAUGAGCCCUUCAAGGCUGAGAUGAACCGAGGCAACUUCCUGGAGAUCAAAAACAAGUUUCUGGCCAGGAGGUUUAAGCUGCUGGAGCAGGCCUUGGUGAUCGAGGAGCAGCUGCGCCGGGCGGCCUACCUCAACAUGUCGGAGGACCCUUCCCAUCCCUCCAUGGCCCUCAACACGCGCUUCAGCGAGGUGGAGUGUCUGGCCGAGUCCCACCAACACCUCAGCAAAGAGUCCAUGUCGGGGAACAAGCCCGCCAAUGCCGUCCUGCACAAAGUGCUAAAACAGCUGGAAGAGCUUCUCAGUGACAUGAAGGCAGAUGUCACCCGUCUCCCGGCAACCAUCGCCCGGAUACCCCCCGUCGCAGUGAGACUCCAGAUGUCCGAGAGGAACAUCCUGAGCCGCCUGGCCAGCAGAGGCCCCGAACCACAACCUCAACAACAGCAGAUGUCGCAGCAGUAGCCUGGCUUAGGCCCCUCCCCCAACCCCAUCACCUCUACAUUCCUGAUUGGCACAGCAGAAGAUGACGCGCCCAAGCUUGAAACCACGGCUCUUUACAUAUAUAUACAUACAUACAUACAUAUAUAUAUAUAUAUGGACUUGCAGCGUUUCUACAGGCUGACUCCUGGACACUGUGGAAAUGAUAGCUAUUUUAUUUGUUUUGUUUUUUGACUUAAUAUUAUUGAUAUGUUUUUUUUGGGACCUAAAUAAAAAUGUAAUAAAGGA